AUGACGUCUCCACCACUCCUUACCAAAGACUCGUCUAUCCUCAUUGUGGGAGCAGGCACCUUUGGAAUUAGCACGGCUUAUCAUCUUGCCAAGCGCGGUUAUACCAAUGUUACUUGCAUUGACCGCCAUCCGUGGCCGAGUGUAGACUCUGCUGGCCAUGACCUAAACAAGAUUAUGCGUACUGAGUAUGAUGAACCUCUUUACACGCGCCUUGCUCUGGAGGCACUCGAGGCCUGGAGGGACCCCGGAUGGGAGGGUAUCUUCCAUGAGACAGGCCGCAUCACCACUACCGCGGGGGACAAGAAGGCCGAGGCAUUUCUUCGAAAGUCUUACGAGAACCUCAAAAGAGAAGGCAAAGAUACUAAGCUUGAGUUAAUCCAAGGCAGAGAGCAGAUUGUAAAACACGUUCCGCAGCUGAAGAAUGCAGUGGGCAUUGAACACUGGAAAGGCCUCUACAACAGCCUUGGUGGUUGGACUCAUGCGAGAAAGGCCCUUGAAAAGUGGGCAGCUAAAGCAGAAAAAGCUGGCGUUAAAUUUGUCUCGGGGCCUGAUGUUACGAUGACGGGUUUGGAGCUCGAUGACUCUGGUUCAAUGACCGGGAUUCGAGUUGUCUCAGGGGAUGUUCUAAAGGCUGACCAUUACAUCCUCAGUACUGGUGCUGCAUCUCCACAACUUCUACCUGAACUAUCAAAGCAGUUAUGGUCCAAAUGCUGGACGCUAGGACAUAUCCAGCUCACUGACGAGGAGGCUGUAGAGUGGAAGGGAGUUCCCGUUAUUGACCAUUAUGAGCUUGGCUUUAUGUUUGAGCCAGACCCCGACACAAAACUUAUCAAGAUUUGUGAUAAUAAUCCUGGAUACCAAAACCGAAAGGGGACCUUCGUAGACGAAGCAGGCAACACCACCCACUACUCAAUUCCACGAUACUCUAGUGAUCAUCCAAAAGACGGCAUCCCACUGGAAGCUGAAAUAGCUAUUAAUAGGUUUAUCGACACAGUGAUGCCUCAGUUCUCAGGACGACCUCUCAUCGACGCCCGAGUGUGCUGGUGCACCGACUCACCCGAUGCCCACUGGUUGAUCGAUAGACAUCCUAAGCACAAGUCUUUACUCCUCGCUACGGGUGAUUCUGGGCAUGCGUUCAAGAUGUUUCCAAUAAUCGGUAGGUAUAUCUCUGAUGCAUUGGAAGGAAGUUCGAAUGGGCUGAAGAAGGAGUGGGCGUUUGGCGAGAGGAAGGCAAAGCCGGCUCCACAUCGACCUGAUACUGAGGUGAAGGACUUGGAGGAUGCUCUCAAUCUUGCGCCGAAGUCUCACCUAUAA